GUUAGUUUCAAGACACGUCUCUUUCUAGCUGCUAUAUUUCGACUUUUUCACUGAAAAGUUGUAUUAGCUUGGAAGAAAAUAUGCAUUGGAUUAGAUUGAUCUGUUCGAUUACCUUUAUGAUUACGCUACUGAGCGUCUCUGUACCAGUUGAUGCAAGAAAGAAAAGAGACAAGGAAAAGAAGAAGCGCAAAGAUUUGGUGGAAAACGGAAAAUGCCAAUUACAGGUUGCAUGCGAAGAAUUCGGCGAUUACUCAGUUAGAGUUCCAGUAAAGGGACCUAGAGGACCUCAAGGAUUACCAGGAGAGAAGGGCAGUCGAGGUGAAGCUGGAAAUCCAGGAAGUAUCGGAACUCCAGGUAUCCCUGCACCAGAAAGGAGAGCAGUCGCUUUUUAUGCAGGACUAAGAAUGAAUGCUGGAAAAGAAGAUGGGGGAAAAACUGUAAAAUUCGACAAAGUCAUAUCGAAUAUUGGUGAUGCGUACGAACCUAAUACAGGAAGAUUUACAGCAUUAGACGGUGGAGUCUAUAAAUUUGACGUAGUCAUAUCGGCCCAGGGUAGACAUAAGGCUGCUGUUGACCUUUUAAAAAAUGGAAAGAAUAUAGUCUCGAUUUGGGCGGAAAGCAUCCCCUACUGGUCAACUGCAAGUAACAACGCCAUCUUGUAUUUGAAACGAGGUGAUUACGUGGAAGUGAGACUAAGAGAAAAAGCUCCUUACCUACACGGUUAUAUGUAUUCGACGUUUAGUGGUCACAUGUUGUACGAGAAUAGUAUCAUUGAUAAGGAUAUUAUUGAAGCCAAGCUUUAAGGAACUUGAGAAAAAUUUCAAAAAAUGAAUCAUUAUAAAGUCUAGAUGGCAUUACUUGUAACUCCUCAAUCUAUCUAUCUAUCUAUCUAUUUUCUUUCUAUCUAUCUCUCUCUCUCUCUCUCUCUAUGCUUAUACAAUACUCUCCUAACCAGAAAUUUCUCCAUAUACAAAUCCAAUUGUUUACUCCAUGUAUAAAUACAUGAACAAUAUAUAAGAGUCAUCUGUAAAGUGUAUUUUAGAUAAAAAGUAAUCUGUUUUUAAACUGUGUUAUAUUUCGCAUAGUUAUCAUUUUUAGUUAGUUGAAAUAAUGUACUAUAAUAAAAAAAUUCUUAAAAAAAGGAUGAUUUGUCUAUGUCUCUGAUGUUGAGUUAAAUAAAUACACAAAUAUUUAAAAAAAAUCAUAAAGGAUGCCUUGUUUCUCUUCUAUUAAUUAUUUAUCAUUGUUUACUAUCUUUUACUUUCUUUGGAAAUUGUCUUUCUUUCUCCUUUUUUUUUGAUUUUAUUAAAUAUUAAUUAAGAUUAUCAAACGGAUUGUUUUUU